AUGCCUUCAAAUUUGUAUGUCUGGGAAGUGUUGCUCCUCUGUGCUGGACUUGGUGUGGUUAUAUGGAGACAAUUUACUCGUUCUCAGAAACUCCCCCUGCCUCCAGGUCCUCCUCGGCACAUUCUACUAGGGAAUCUUAGGGAUUUUCCCAAAGAUCGUGAAUGGCUAGGCUACAUGAAGAUUGGCCAAGACUACAAAAGCGACAUUAUUUCUUUCUCGGCGCUGGGGAGAACCAUCAUUGUACUUAACUCUCAUCGUACUGUGACGGACCUACUCGAUAAACGCGCCAAGUAUGCAGAUCGCCCCCAAAUACCGAUGAUCAACCUCAUGGGGUUGGGUGAUAUUGUCACUUUCUCUCAAUACGGACCUCGAUGGCGAGCACUCCGCAAAUCAAUCCAUGCCGAUAUGCAGGAGUCCGUUAUUCCAGAAUACUGGCCUUCCCAAGAAGCCGAAGCCCAACGUCUGGUGGCAAGAUUAUUCAGCCAUAAGGAUAGGACAUUGCUUCGAGACGUGCAACACUGGGCAGCUGCGUUCCUGCUUUCAACCACAUUUGGUUAUUAUCUCCCCACUGACUCUUCCAGCGAUCCACUCCUGCCAUAUAUGGAAGAACUAUUGGACAUGGUUACCUCCGGGACACAAUCGUCUCGGUUUUUGGUUAAUCUUCUUCCGGUACUCAGAUACUGGCCUGAGUGGAUGCCCGGAGGAUCUUUUCAAGCGUUGGCUCGUAGGGGGCGUGAACUCCGAAAAUUGGCUGGAGAUAACCCCUUUGAUAGAGUCAAGACCGAGAUGGCGAACGGCGUAGCUAAACCAUCAUAUGUCUCUCGCAUGCUAUCCGAGAUCGAACACGCCAAGGAAACGGGAAAUAGUGCUGAUGCACAAUAUCAUGAAGAGCUGAUUCGCGCCAAUGCUGUGACGAUAUUCGGUGCGGGAUUCGAUACCACAGUUACAACGUUCCUCUCAUUUCUUGUUGCGAUGCAACUGUAUCCUGAAAUACAGUCACGCGCUCGAGAGGAGAUCCUUGGCACUAUCGAUUCAACGAGUGGGCAACCCGAUCCAGCGCAGGUUGUUAGUCUACCGUAUCUUCAAAAUGUUCUUCGAGAGGUGAUGCGAUGGCUCCCAGCUCUGCCGUUUGGUAUUGCACAUUCAGCGCAGGAAGAUGACGAGUAUCGAGGGUAUCAUAUACCUGCUGGGAGCGUUAUAAUACCCAAUCUGUGGGCGUUAUCUCGAGAAGAGUCUGUGUACGCGGAUCCGGAGAGUUUCAAUCCAGAUAGAUUCAACGACCCCAGUUUACGAAAUGAAGUGCCAUUUGGAUUCGGAAGAAGGCGAUGUCCUGGAAUGCAUUUGGCGAAUUCAAACCUCCUUAUCGCAUUUGCAUAUAUCCUUGUGAACUUCGAGAUUACAAAGGCUACCAACGAAGAUGGUAGCGUCGUCGAGCCCACUGUAACCAUGAGGAAAGACUUGAAUAGUCGACCUGAUCUACUACGCUGUGGAUUUAUACCACGAAACCAGGUUGCUUUAGAGGAGCUUGUCAAUAGAUGGUGGGCAUAA